GCGGCGGCGGGCGAGCGGGCGCUGGAGUAGGAGCAGGAGAGCGGCGCGGCCGGGGAAGGAAGCCGGGGCGAGGCGAGGAGGUGGCGGGAGGAGGAGACAGCAGGGACAGGUGUCAGCUAAAGGAGGGCUCUCCUCGGCUGCCGAGGCAUCAUGGCCGCUAAGUCAGACGGGAGGCUGAAGAUGAAGAAGAGCAGCGACGUGGCGUUCACCCCGCUGCAGAACUCGGACAAUUCGGGCUCGGUGCAAGGACUGGCUCCAGGCUUGCCGUCGGGGUCCGUAGCCGAGGACACGGAGGCGGCCGGAGGCGGCUGCUGUCCGGACGGCGGCGGCUGCUCGCGCUGCUGCUGCUGCUGCGCGGGGAGCGGCGGCUCGGCGGGCUCGGGCGGCUCCAGCGGCGGCGGCCCGGGCGGUGGGGCGGGCUCGGCGGCGCUGUGCCUGCGCCUGGGCAGGGAGCAGCGGCGCUACUCGCUGUGGGACUGCCUCUGGAUCCUGGCCGCCGUGGCCGUGUACUUCGCGGAUGUAGGAACGGACAUCUGGCUUGCCGUGGACUACUACCUGCGCGGUCAGCGCUGGUGGUUUGGGCUCACCCUCUUCUUCGUAGUGCUGGGCUCGCUCUCUGUGCAAGUGUUCAGCUUCCGCUGGUUUGUGCACGAUUUCAGCACCGAGGACGGCGCCACGACCACAGCCUCCAGCUGCCAGCAACCAGGAGCCGAUUGCAAAACGGUGGUCAGCAGUGGGUCUGCAGUUGGGGAAGGCGAGGCUCGUCCUUCCACGCCGCAGAGGCAAGCAUCCAACGCCAGCAAGAGCAACAUCGCCGCCACCAACAGCGGCAGCAACAGCAACGGGGCCACCCGGACCAGCGGCAAACACAGGUCUGCGUCCUGUUCCUUCUGCAUCUGGCUCCUGCAGUCACUCAUCCACAUCUUGCAGCUCGGGCAGAUCUGGAGGUAUUUACACACAAUAUACUUAGGUAUCCGGAGCCGGCAGAGCGGAGAGAGCGGCAGGUGGCGGUUUUACUGGAAGAUGGUGUACGAGUAUGCAGAUGUGAGCAUGCUGCACCUGCUAGCCACCUUUCUGGAAAGUGCACCACAACUGGUCCUGCAGCUCUGCAUUAUUGUACAGACUCACAGCUUACAGGCCCUCCAAGGUUUCACAGCAGCAGCCUCCCUUGUGUCCUUGGCUUGGGCCCUAGCCUCCUACCAGAAGGCUCUUCGGGACUCCCGGGAUGACAAAAAACCCAUCAGUUACAUGGCCGUCAUCAUCCAGUUCUGCUGGCAUUUCUUCACCAUCGCUGCCAGGGUCAUCACAUUUGCCCUCUUUGCCUCCGUUUUCCAGCUGUAUUUUGGGAUAUUCAUUGUCCUCCACUGGUGCAUCAUGACCUUCUGGAUUGUUCACUGUGAGACAGAAUUCUGUAUCACCAAAUGGGAAGAGAUUGUGUUUGACAUGGUGGUGGGCAUCAUCUACAUCUUCAGUUGGUUCAAUGUCAAGGAAGGAAGGACACGCUGCAGGCUGUUCAUUUACUAUUUUGUAAUCCUUUUGGAAAAUACAGCCUUGAGUGCACUCUGGUACCUCUACAAAGCCCCCCAGAUUGCGGAUGCAUUUGCUAUCCCUGCAUUGUGUGUUGUUUUCAGCAGCUUUUUAACAGGUGUUGUUUUUAUGCUGAUGUACUAUGCCUUCUUCCAUCCCAAUGGGCCCAGAUUUGGGCAGUCACCAAGUUGUGCUUGUGAUGACCCUGCCACUGCCUUCUCUCUGCCUCCAGAAGUGGCCACAAGCACACUGCGGUCCAUCUCCAACAACCGCAGUGUUGCUGGUGACCGAGAUCAGAAAUUUGCAGAACGGGAUGGAUGUGUACCUGUGUUUCAGGUGAGACCAACUGCACCACCUACCCCAUCAUCUCGACCACCUCGGAUUGAAGAAUCAGUCAUUAAAAUUGAUCUGUUCAGAAAUAGAUAUCCAGCAUGGGAGAGACAUGUGUUGGACCGAAGCCUGAGAAAGGCCAUUUUAGCCUUUGAAUGUUCCCCAUCUCCUCCAAGACUGCAGUACAAAGACGAUGCUCUUAUUCAGGAGAGGCUGGAAUAUGAAACCACUUUAUAAAACACAAGGAGCCACAAUGUCCACAUGAAGGGGUGACAGCAGGGCUGUGGCAAUAAUGACACCUUAUCCAAGAGUAGGGCAAUGAGCUAUAUGUUCUUAGUCCAAACAUUGUCAUGAUAUGGUUUGAUCUUCCAUCAGCUGACUGCCUGCUGCUGGUGUCCAUUCAAGCCAGCAGUGCUGAGAGUCUCUUACUCUGUCUAAAGGGGCAAUGUUAGCUUAGUAUGACUGUUGCUACAAACUCCUCUAGCACAGACUUGGGGCACAUUUACUGGAGGAUAACAUUAUUGUGAAAAAUGCUGCCUCUAAUCAUAAGGGUGUUUUGAUGACGUUUACUAAUUUUUUGCAUAAUUAUGUUCACACACCACCACCACCACCCCUUUAUCAAAGGAGUUAAAGUGGGGAUGGAGAGAUGACUCAGUAGUUAAGAGCACUGACUGCUCUUGAAAAGAACCCAGGCUUGAACCCCAGCAUCCAUUUGGUAGUUCACUUCAAUUCUAAUUCCAGAAGAUCUAAUGCCCAUUUUUGGCCUCCUCAGGCACUGCACACACAUGGUGCACAGACAUAUAUGCAGGCAAAUACUCAUACACAUAAAAUAAAAAUAAAUCUCAUAGAAAAAAAGCUUAGGUGAUUUCCUUGAAGCAAAGCUCACAACAGACUCCAGGAAGAAGGCAGCACGCUUGGAAUGAUUCUGUAAACUGUUCUCUCCUUUGCAAACAAGUAGCAUCAAUAACAAAGCCUGUGCAGUGGACAGCAAGACUCAAGUGUUUACACUCGUACUAGCACUGAUGGGAUGAUUCUUUUUCUACACAUUUCAGGAUUUGUUUUUUUACUUUUAGGUUUUGCAGAUGAGAACAUUCUUUAUGACAGAAAUCCUAUGCAGCACAUGUAUGGCUUUUGAUGAGACCAAGGAGCUGAAUAUCCAUGAUGUAAAUUAAAUGAUAAUCAUGAUUCAGUAUUUAUUUGCAAAAAUACAAUUUAUAUAUAAAGAACCACUGGGGGAGGGACAGAAUGAGAAUCAGAUUCUCAGGUGUGUGCAGCUCAUAUUGGAAUGCACCCACAGAGCCAUGGGAGAGGAAAGGGGGCUGUUUUAGGUCUGUUUCCAGGUGCAGAAUGAGCAUGGGUCAGCAGGUGUGAUUCUGGAAACCACAUGCCACAUCUUUCUAGUGCCAAACUUUGUCCAAUCACAGAACUGAUAUGGAAUCCCCAAAAACUGAGAAUAAGAGGUGUCCCAAAAUACACAAGAGAAGAAUAAUCAGGUUCUCUGCUAUACACAGACUUACUCUCUUCCCAUCCAAGGUCAAAGUGAUGCGUCUACGAGAGACUUUGGGACACCUCUUAGCAAAUGAGAGCAUACAGAUGCAAUUUGUAUGCUACAAAAAAAAAAAACAAAAAACCAACUGCCUGGACUGCUUGAGGGCUUAUCAUUCCAUCAGCUAAGAUUUGUAUUUGAAUCAUCUGUAAAGUCGUGCUCUUACAAGCUUCUGAGUUUUAAAUACCUCCAUACAGCAAGUAAACAUACCCGCUUUCUGUUCUCCUCGGUGUCCUUGGUCAUGGUGCUUUUUGUUGCAUUAAAAGUGCCGGUCAAACUUU